CAGCCUUUAUUACUCGUGACGGGCGCCGGCACACCAUCCUUGCAUCAUCAGAGCUGGAUCGCACGUCUGCUCACAGAAUGACCGCCCUGCAAGAGAGAAUCAUCAUCUUCUCUAUUUUUAUGUCUCUCAUAUGCAUCACUCAGGUCAACGCAUUACCUCUUCCUGACGAGUGGAGCGGUUUGAUCCUGAGGACGAAGCGAUCGCUGCUGUGGCGCUGGAACAGUCUGAAGCCUGUUGGAGCCAGCUGCAGAGAUCCUUCAGAGUGUGGCACCAAGUACUGCAGGAAAAAUAUCUGCUCCUUCUGACACUGUGAUAGCAGAUGGAAGGACUCUCAAACAAACAUCUGCAUUAUGGACCAGAGCUUCACAUGAUUGGUUAAAAGAUCCUGAGUGACCUUUUUUUUGUUGUUGUUGCUCAGAAAAGUUGUCAUGGUAAAUAUAGUUAAUAUGGCGCUUUUCUACCUCCAUUAAGGCGCUUUACAUCUGUUCCACUUGUCACCUGUUUGUAUUUUUCAUAAGAAAAUAUAAAUACUCACGCCACGUUUUUGAGGUGCUUUGAUUUUUAUUGGUUCAUCUUGUUACCGUGUAUUUAUUUGUAUAUAUUGUAAACAAAUGUGAAUAUUGAAAUAUACAAAACAGUUUUUUAAAA